UACUAAUUGUGAAGUAGUAAGGAAAUUUUCUGGAAUCCUCUAAAAUAACUCCAAACUUCAAACUUAAUAGCUAGAAAUUUCAGUCGUAGCGCUUUAAUCUCUUCACUUUCUUGCUCUCCUCAUUUAAGCUUCCAGUCUUAUUUGCGCUUUCUCGAUUCUUCUUCUAUCUCUCGGCAAAACCUAAACCUUUCAACAAUGGCGAUUCUCUCUGACUACGAAGAAGAAGAUCAAAAACUACCACAAAAACCUACUGUUACUCCAAAACCUUUUUCUACAACUUUAGAUCCUUCCAAUCCUAUUGCUUUUCUUCAAUCUGCUUUCGAAUUCGUUGCAAAUGAAGCCGAUUUCUUCGCUAAUGAUUCAUCGGAGAAAGCUGUUGCUGAUUUAUUUAAAAAGGUGAAGGAAAAACACAUGGCAGAAAUCGAGAAGAAGAAGAAACAAGAAGCUGCCGCUGCUGCUGCUGCUAAUGCUAGUGUUGCGUCUUCUUCGUCGAAGAAGAAUGACGUAUCUCCUAUGGAUGAAGAUAAGGAUGAUAGCGACAAAGAAAAAUUGAAGUACAGAGUUCCAAACAAAGGGAAUGGUCUCGACCUUGAGAACUACUCAUGGGUGCAGUCUUUGCAAGAAGUUACCGUAAAUGUUCCUGUUCCACCUGGUACAAAAUCGAGAUUCAUUGUGUGUGAUGUUAAGAAAAACCAUUUGAAAGUUGGACUCAAGGGUCAACCGCCUAUCAUUGAUGGUGAGCUCUACAAGGCCGUGAAACCAGAUGAUUGCUUUUGGAGUUUGGAGGACCAAAAGUCUAUCUCGAUUCUUCUGACAAAACAUGACCAAAUGGAGUGGUGGAAAAGCCUGGUCAAAGGUGAGCCUGAAAUUGACACUCAGAAGGUUGAACCUGAAAGCAGCAGGCUGGCUGAAUUGGACCCUGAAACUAGGUCGACUGUGGAGAAGAUGAUGUUUGACCAAAGGCAAAAGCAAAUGGGCCUUCCUACAAGUGAUGACAUGCAGAAACAAGAGAUGCUAAAGAAGUUUAUGGCUGAGCACCCGGAAAUGGAUUUCUCAAAAGCAAAGUUCAGCUAGAUAUUUUCCGAUGCCACAACUUAUUGCAGACACUAACCAGAGAGGCGGCAUUUUGGAACUGAAUGUGUCCUUUGUAGUACAGUCAGCUGAUAAUCUCCGUUCUUUAAAUGUGUCUGGUAACUGGAGUUGAGUUUCCGAAUGCAACUUUUAGGCUUGAUUUUCUUUUGUUCGACUUAUGUUGGGUUCGUUUUGGUUUUUAUAUCCAUUUUAGUAACUUGUGGUCCAUGCCUUUAUGAAAA